AUGAUCGAAACAGAUUCUAUUAGCUACUUACCCAUCUCCCUCAGUAACUUCUUUGGGAUCUUGGUCGUAGGUAUCUUGACGUAUGCAGCAUUCGCAGACGAAAACGUGAAGGGCAUUUUCAUUUUUGCCUACAAUUGCUUCUUCAAGCCUUUUGGUAAGAAGAGUAAAUCAGGUGACCAGCAAGAGGAUUUGGAGUCUUUCUACAAGAACCAGGCCUCUAUUUAUGAUCAGACUAGAAAGAUCUUGUUGAAAGGUCGUGAAAAUGCUUUACAGUUGGCUGUCACACAUUUAUUAGCCUCUCACCCAACAGGAAAAGACUUAGUUUGGAUUGAUAUCGGAGGUGGAACUGGUUCUAACUUGGAAUUCAUGAAAAACGUUUACAAGAUUAACAGGAAAAACUUCAGAAAGAUUUAUAUGAUUGACUACUCAUCUUCUUUGUGUGAGCAAGCAAAGAAGAAGUUUUCAAAGGAAAUUGAAUUGGGGGUAGUCGAGAUUUUAUGCUCAGAUGCUUCGAAGUUCGAAAUUCAAGGCUUAAAUAGAGGGGGUGUUGACCUUUUCACUUUCUCAUAUUCUUUAUCAAUGAUUCCAAACUACUAUUCCACCGUUGAUCAUAUUAUCCCAUUUUUGAACAGAGAGCAUGGAAUUGUGUGUUCAAUUGAUUUUGGUACUCAGUCUGACUAUAAUGCUGUUGGUAGAGUCGACACUCUUGGUGGAUUAGUAAACAGGAAUGGUUCCUGGUUAACCAGACAUUUUUGGAACAUUUGGUUUGAAUUUGAUAAAGUUCAUUUGGAUGCAGCUAGAAGAAAUUACCUUGAAUACAAAUUUGGUACUUUAAAAUCAUUGAAUUUGAGAAAUAAAACUUUGGGUAACAUUCCAUACUACAUCUGGAUAGGCUGUGAUAAGUUCAAGUGUGCCAAUUUGAUUGAUAAGAUUAACGCCUACGUUACUGAAUCGCCAUAUCUAUUACCCCAAGGUGUUGAUUCACUUAGCAAUUCUAAAUUAAGAAAGGGGUCAUUCGCUUCAAUAAGUUCUAAUGUCUCAGCAGUUUCCAAGGGCCAUGAAGCUGCAAUUGAAAAUCAAAAAAGAGGUCUACCAUACCCAUCUGUAUAUUAUCAAAAAGACGUCACUAGAGUGUACUAUGAUGAAUUGAAUCCAUUAUUUGAACAAUUCAACAAUCAAUAUAUUUAUGCAUUCACAUGGGAAGAUCCUAGAGAAGAUAUGAACAUAUUGAAUAUCAAUUCUAAUGACUCUAUCUUGGCAAUUACAUCUGCAGGUGAUAAUUUGUUACAUUAUGCUACUUUACCAAACCCCCCAAAAAAAAUUCAUGGUGUUGAUUUAAAUCCUUGUCAAAAUCAUUUACUUGAAUUAAAGUUGGCUUGUUUUAAGGCAAAGCUUGAUCAGGAGAAAAUUUGGCAAAUUUUUGGGGAAGGCAAAUUAGAAACUAAAGAGGAAUUUCUUCAAUUGUUACUCAGCCAGCUAUCUCCUCAUUUAUCUUCAAAUGCCUUACAAUAUUGGGUUGAUAAGGGUCCAAGAACUUUCAGUCCAAAGGGUAAUGGUUUAUACUACGACACAGGUUCUACUAGAUGGGCAUUGAAAUUGGCUAGAUGGUUAUUUGUUAGAUCCAGGUUGACUAGUGCAGUAGAUCAAUUGUGUAAUUCGAAAACCAUGAAGGAACAAAAGGGAAUUUGGGAAAGUAAAAUUAAACCAACUUUAUUUAAUCCUAUCAUUGGUAAGUUAUUAAUUGGAAACUCAGUUUUCCUUUGGAAAGCUUUAGGAGUACCAAUUAAUCAAGCCAAUAUGAUUCAGGGCUCUAUAUUAAAUUAUAUCAUCGAUACUUUAGAUCCAAUUGUUGAGAGAUCUUUAUUAAGUACUGACAACUACUUCUACUACUUGUGUUUACAGGCCAAGUAUGCUAAGAACAACUGCCCAUCAUAUUUAACUAGCGAGGGGUACCAUCAAUUGACAAAAAAGAAUAGUCCAAUUCCAAAUUUCAGACUUCAUACUGAUACCUUGAACGAUGUUUUGAAGCGUUUGUCUUCUCAAUCAUUGACAAUUAUUGUCAUCAUGGAUCACAUGGAUUGGUUUGACCCUCAAGGACAAGAAGCAGAAGAAGAGAUUCAAUUAUUAAACAAUGCACUUCUGGAAAAUGGAAGAGUAAUGUUGAGAUCUGCUUCUACCGAACCUUGGUAUAUUGCAAUCUUCAACGCAAAUGGAUUUAUAUCUGAGCCUGUUGCAGUCAGAGAAUCUGGUAAUUCUAUUGACAGAUGUAACAUGUAUGCAUCAACUUGGGUUUGUACAAAGCGUUCUCCAUUGAGAUCAUUCUCCACAUCAUCUGAUGCUACCAUUAGCUCACUUAAACUUUAG